CAUCUUCCAGCUUUAGGUUUCUCAUUUCCUUCUGGGUUUUCUGUUUGGUUGCUUAGAAAGCACCAUUUUAGAAGAGAAACCCAAUGGGAAAUGCUUCAUCAAUGCUAACUCAAUAUGAUAUUGAAGAAGUUCAAGAGUACUGCAAUUAUCUAUUCUCAAGGGAAGAAAUUGUUGGUUUGUACCAGAGGUUUUGCGAGUUAGAUGGAAAUGGGAAGGGAUAUAUAUCAGGUGAUGAGAUGUUAUCAGUGCCAGAAUUUGCAAUUAAUCCUGUCUUGAAGAGGGUGGUUGAGAUGGUGGAUGGAUUCAACUUUAAGGACUUUGUUGCCAUCUUGUCUGCUUUUAGUUGUAAAGCAACCCGAUACCAGAAAGCUCAACGUGAGGCUUUGAAUUAA